GUCUGGCCACACGGCGAGGCAAGUUGUGAGACAUUCAAGAGCAAUUGUGAACAGAUUCUUGGAGAAGUUGACAGCUCAAAAGAGGCGACUAGCAGCGACGCUUCUAGAGACUUGGCCUCAAAAAGUCAAACCGACAUUACGGGAAUCGCAAAAACGAUGACGACGGUCGACACCCACACAAGCUCUAUAAAAAAUCCGAAAGUGAAUCCUGGUAAAGCAUCAGGAGCAGGAAACACAUCUCGCGGACUCGGAAUGAUUAAUAGAAUUCGUCAAAUGAGGCUGAGUGUAAAUCAGCCCAAUACGCAAGCCACAGCAGAUUGGACAGUAUUAUCAGCUGCAAAGUCAUCUCCAAGUGCAGUACCACUUAAACUGGUCACAGGUGGGAAAUGUUUGCAUAGUGGGCAAACAUCAGUAAAAGAUACAGGAAACAGAACAGGAAGGGAGUUGGCUAUGUGCACCAAGGAGCAAGUGAAUAAUUCUGAUCCCGCAGCCUUUCUGGCAUCCAUUCCUGGAACACAUUGUACAUUUCCAGAUUAUCAUGCUCACCAGUAA